AUGGCUACUCCCGACCUACCUGGGGGGAUUGACAUUGAGGUUGGCGACCUCGUCGAUGUGCCAGGUGGUAUGCACGGCACGAUUAAGUUCGUGGGUAGCGUCCGUGGCAAGAAAGGCGUAUUCGCCGGCGUCGAGCUCAGCGAGGAGUUCGCAAUGCGCGGGAAGAAUGAUGGUGAUGUUGAUGGCACCUUCUAUUUCAACACCACCAUACCUGGUGCCGGCAUAUUCUUACCUUUGCAUCGAGCAUCGAAGCGCGAUGCGCCACCAAUGCCAUCGCUUUAUGGCAAAGAUCUUCCACCGACCCCUAAUACUCCCUCGUUUGCACCAGGUGCAAGUUACAACGAAUCAUCGAAUAAACUCAGUCCUCCUACACCAUCGCUAUCAAAAUUUUCACAAUCAGUUGGUCCUGGGGUGCGUGCUCCAAGUCCGUCAUUCAAGGCAAAAGGAAGACCGUCUCUUCCACGGCCGGAGUCACCACUUAGGAAAAAUCAACCUAACUUGCCGCCUCCACCUGCCAGAGGCCCAAAUGCAAGUCCGGCGUCUUUCUCUCGAAGCGCCAUAGGUGCUGCUCCACGCUAUGUGUCAAGUCCAGCUCCCAAUAGUAGAGGGAUGAUCAAACCACGAACCCCUGGGCCAUCACGGCCAUACUCGAGAAACAACUCACGACUUGGCCAACACCCACCGAUCGAAGAAGACUGCGACAGCACUCCUACAGGCAUAGCUCGUGGGAGUAAUGGAUCUAUGUCAAGUAGCACGUUUCGUCCUCGCAGUCGUCUCGAUUCUAGCCAUUCCGACGAAGAAGUCCACAGGUUGCACAAGAAACUAGAGGAAAGAGAUAGACAGCUGAAGGAACAAGCAGCAAGUUUGGCUGAUAUGGAGUCGAGCAUAUCAGAGCUACAGAACAUGCUUCCAGAUCAGGGCAACAGCCGAAAUCCUGGGCCUCUCGAGGACGGCGAUAUCAGUACCCUUCGAGCCCUCUUACGGGAAAAGAAUGAAAAGAUAUCGAUGCUGACAGCCGAAUUUGAUAAUCACCGCGCAGACUUCAGGAGCACGAUCGAUACCCUGGAGAUGGCGAGUACGGAAACAGUCCGUGUGUACGAGAAGCGGGUGACGGACCUGACGCAAGAAAUUACCGAUCUACAGGAACGAGAUGAGGAUGUCGAGAGUGUCGCAACCCAACUCAAGCAGCUGGAAGAGCUCGUGCAGGAACUCGAGGAAGGCCUGGAGGAUGCUAGGAGAGGUGAAGCUGAAGCGCGCGGCGAAGUGGAAUUCCUUCGUGGCGAGGUCGAGCGAGGUCGAUCAGAGCUUCGUAGGGAACGGGAAAAGGCUGCAGCUGCCUUGAAAUCUGCGAAUGCAUCGAUAGACGGACCCAUGAGCCAAGAUGGACAAAGAGAAGUCGCACAGAGGGACGAUGAGAUUCGUGGGCUCAAGGCUAUCAUUCAUUCGCUAAGCUCUGGUCCGGAUACUUCCGCCAGAGCAUCGCCAGCCCUCCGUAAUGUUACUGCAUCCACCAAGGAUUCUGAGGAUUUUAAAGCGAUGCAAUCUAAACUCGACUUGGCAGAGAGGGAAAAGACGGAGCUUCGAGGACUUAUUGAGCGGAAAUCUCACAGAGAAGAAGAACUCGAACGUGAGCUUGAGCGUCUGAGAGGCACUACUACUGUUGAUCAGCGCGACUCGGUCAUCAGCAACAAUUUGUCGGAAAGGACUGCUUUACAAGAUAAAAGGUCAUCAGCACGGGACUCGAAAGGCACUGUAGUGAGCUGGCGUGAAACAAAUCAUUUGAAGUCUGAACCGUUAGAGCCAAUGAUUGAGUCUGAUGCACAAUCAUCUGUGGACGGGAGCCAGGGGACCCUUUGGUGUGAGAUUUGCGAAACUGGUGGCCACGAUAUCCUGAACUGCACUGCAAUGGGAGUCUCUGGUGAAAGCAACAGGCAACCCUUGGAUCGAAAGAAAAUCAACUUCGAAAAUGCACCAGCACCACUGACGCCCAAGAGGACGGCGGUGUCUAUAUCUGGUAAUGCACCAUCGGCACCGCUGCCAAACCCCUAUGACUCUACUAUGGUCGCAGGCAAGGGAAGCAGCAUUGCUGAUCCAAGUAGAUGGUGUGCUUUAUGCGAAAGAGACGGACAUGAUGCCACGGCCUGUCCAUUUGAAGAUGCAUUUUAG